AUGCUCAGAGCAAACGGAUAUGACCUGUACUCUGAACAAUACCGUGAUUUCCACCAAACAGAUGAAACCACGAAAAAACCAGAAAGUCCAGAAAAAGUGGACACUUCUGAGGUGUCAGUUGAAUCCCCAAUGGAUAUUCCACAUGUUGGUCAACCGGAAGAAGUGGAUAGAGUUUCCAUCCCAAAACUGAUGGACCUAAAACUCGAAUGCCCUCCACAUCUUCUACAAAAAGUUGCUCCAAAAGUGGUCAAACCAAAGGAGAAACCCACUAAACAGAUGGGUAAAGCACGCAAAGUGCCAACUGGAAAACCAGAGGAACUGGUCGUGAAAGUACGAGAAUGGUUCCAAAAAGAGUUCCAAUCGUACAUUCAAGACGGUAGAAGCUUCCAAAGAUUGGAGUGGAUCACCGACGUCCUGACAGCCGCCAUACAAAAGGCCUCUGUUGGGGACACCCAGGCAAUCGAGAAGAUUGUGAAAAGAUGCCCACCCUUGGAAGUGGAAGAGGGUGAGAUGGCAACGCAAACGGAUCCAAAAAGGAUUCCCAAGAAGGGUAACAGCAACCCGACUGGAGAUGGUGACAGCCGCAAAGGGCCACCAGUCUCUCAAAGGGACUCGUACUGGCAAAACCGGACGAAGACCUUUAACCAACUGAUCGGCAAAGAAUCGAAGCAAUGCGAGAUCCCGAUCAGUCAACUUGAACAGUUCUUCAAGAAAACCACCUCUGUCACAAAUGUAACAAAAGAGGUUCUGGAAUCAAAAAGUUCCAAAAUCCCAAAGAUAAAAGUGGGACAGUGGAUUGUAGACCCAUUCACUGAACAGGAAUUGGCAGUUGCUCUUAAGAAAACCAAAGACACUGCUCCUGGAGUUGACGGACUGAGAUACCAUCAUCUAGAAUGGUUCGAUCCUGAUCACAGAAUUCUGACGCCCCUGUACAAUGAAUGCAAGGAGCAUCGGAAGAUUCCGUCACAUUGGAAAGAGGCAGAAACGAUCCUUCUAUACAAAGGAGGAGACGAAUCUAAGCCCGAGAACUGGAGACCAAUCAGUCUCAUGCCAACCAUCUACAAACUAUAUUCGAGUUUGUGGAACCGAAGAAUCCGGUCAGUGAAGGGUGUCAUGAGCAAGUGUCAAAGGGGAUUCCAAGAGCGGGAGGGUUGCAAUGAAAGCAUUGGAAUCCUUAGAACCGCGAUUGAUGUGGCGAAGGGCAGGAAAAAGAACCUGUCAGUCGCCUGGCUCGACCUUACCAAUGCGUUCGGUUCAGUGCCACAUGAGCUCAUCGAGCACACUCUGGAAAAGUAUGGAUUCCCAGAAGAAAUCGUCCACGUCAUAAAAGACAUAUACAAUGGGGCAUCCAUCCGAGUAAAGAGUAAAAAUGAAAAGAGUAACCAGAUCAAGCUGAAUUCUGGGGUGAAACAAGGAGAUCCCAUUUCACCAACGCUUUUCAACAUGUGUCUAGAAGGUGUCAUCAGAAAACACCUGGAUACGUCCUCAGGCCACAAGUGUCUCAAGACAAAGGUCAAAAUACUGGCAUUUGCGGACGACAUGGCCAUAUUGUCUGAUUCCAAGAAACAACUCCAGGAAGAGUUGGAGAGAAUGGAUGAUGACUGUACCCCACUCAAACUCAUAUUCAAACCGAGCAAAUGCGCUAGUUUGAUAAUUGAGAAGGGCAAGGUACGACCUGAAGCACAAAUAAUGCUGAAGGGUGAACCCAUUCGAAAUCUCGCUCCAAAAGACACCUACAAAUACCUGGGGGUCCAAACAGGAGUCGAGACUAGAAUAUCAGAGCUCGAAUUGCUGACCAAAGUCACCAAAGAGCUGGAGAAGGUAAACACAAGCGACCUAACUCCACCACAGAAACUCGACUGUGUAAAGCUUUUUGUGCUACCGAAAUUGACAUAUAUGUACGCCAAUUCGGUACCAAAGAUGACAGAGUUGGGUCAAUUUGCCAACAUGACGAUGAGGGCAGUAAAGGUUAUGCACUCAAUCCCAGUCCGAGGAUCCCCGCUAGAGUAUAUCCAAAUACCAACUAGUAAAGGGGGACUCGGCGUUGCGUGUCCAAGAAUAACCGCAGAAAUCACUUUCUUAGUGUCCACAAUGAAAAAGUUGUGGUCCUCAGACCAGUACAUCCAAAGACUGUACCGGGAAUAUCUGGAGGAAGUGACCCGAAUCGAAACGGGCAAAGAUCAGGUCACCCUAGGCGACCUGGCGGCCUAUCUCAGCAACGAGAUACCAAUCGAUAAAAAAAGGCGUUCGGUUUCAGUUGUUUCACAAGACUACGCGAAGUAUGCAACAGUCUGUGGAAAAAUCAAGUCCGCUCCUUUGCAUAAGGUGAAAAAUUGUUGA